AUGGCGGUGCGGCAACGUGACUCUUUCCUCUUGUCGCAUCUGCUGGAGGUGUUACCCUUCGCUUCAAGGCCGUUGGAGGUGGGAACCAUCGUUCAGGACGUAGAGGAAAUGCAUGGAAAUGCCAUAUGUGGGUCGGAGGGCACCCAGAUUUUGAGGAGCGCCUCCAGCAGGGUUGAACUCACGGGAUUUCCAGGUGGACACCGGGAUGGCCUUCUAUUUUACCUGGUGGCGGAUUUGGAAUCCCGCACCCAGGAGUUGAAGGAAGAGAAGUGGCUCCUGUCCUAUCAUCCAGGGGAAGUGCCAGACUUCUUGAACUUUGCGCGCAAAGCCGUGGUCUCCGAGACAACACAUCUCAAGGAAGCGUGGCAGCGUGGCGUUGUGGUGAAAGAGUACCAGAAGACUGGCGUGAAUUGGUUGAUUCAAAGUUUCUACAAUCGAUGUGGUGGGAUUCUGGCGGAUGACAUGGGCUUGGGGAAGACCCUGCAGACGCUGGCGUUCCUGAGCUACCUGCGAGUUGCACCGGCCUGUGAGGGGCUGGUGAUGCCGGUGCUAGGUGUCGGGCGCUGCGCGCGGACCGGCGCUGGUGGUGGUUCCUUUGAGCUGUGCUGGGAACUGGGCCCGUGCUCAGAGAAGAAGAGGUCUGACCAAUAUCACAAUCUCAUGCUUGCUGUACACCUGCAUGGCCUUUUGCCCAGGGUGUUUCGAGGCUUCUCCACGCGAGCUGUACAAAAUAGCGGCAAGACAUGGCGCGUGAGUUCCCUUGGACGGGUGUGCAGUGCUGAAGUCUGCGGAAGGAUGGUGAGUUCUCUGGGUCGCAUUUCUUCAAAGCUCGGAAUCAUCAGCACAGGUCACCUGAACAAAAUGGGCUACCACCAGACUGGUGUAACUGUCAAUGGCCAGAAACGCACGAUCCAUGUACAUCGCCUGGUCGCAGCAGCGUUUAUUGGACUACCGGAGGCAGGAUGUUGCGUUCAUGUCAACCACAAGGACCUGGAUAAGGGCAACAAUGCUGCUGAGAAUCUUGAGUACCUGACACCGGCAGAAAACGCAACUCACUUCCAUGCCCUUUCAUCCUGGGUGAGAACGAAUGGAUUGAAACCUGUUUGGAUUAAAGCGUAUGGCGUUGAUGAGCCAUGGAGACGGCACCCUUCUAUAAAAAGCGCCGCAGAUGCACUUGGAUUGAGCCCUGGUUGCAUUUCACAAUGUGCACACGGCAAAGCAAAGCGAGUAGGGGACUACGAAUGUCGCUUUGCAGAUCUGACCGAGUCCCAUCCAAUUCCUGGCGAAGAGUGGCGGGACGUUGACAUCUUGGCACUCCAACAACACAGACAGCAGCUUGGGUCAGAAGCAUGGAUUGCUUGCGGAUCCGUGAAAGAAGCUGCACAACAGCUGGAUCUCCACAGGAGCACUGUUUCCAGGGCUUGCAGCAGGCAAGCCUCGGUCAAGGGGUUCGAGUUUCGCUUUCAAGAAGCGAGUGUGCCUGUCUUGCCGGGCGAAGAGUGGCGCCCCAUGCUUGGCCCCACAGCAGCCACACCCGUCGCUGGCAGGACGGUCAGUUCUUUGGGGCGUGUGACUUCCCAACGCGGGGUCAUCGGCAGAGGGUGCUUGGCACUAGACGGCUACUACAACACCACAGUUUUGACUGCUUUAGGUAGGGUGCAGGUUCCCGUCCAUCGUUUGGUGGCGCUGGCAUUUCUGGAGCCGCCAGAAAGCGAUUGCAGAGUCAAGGUCAAUCAUAAAGACUUGGACAAGAGCAACAAUCGCGCCGACAAUUUGGAGUGGGUCUCCCACGCAGAAAACUUGGCGCAUUUCUAUGCCAAUGCUGCAGUCGUCCGUGCUGGUGGGCUGAAACCGAUUUGCAGCCGGCUUCGCGGGAGCAAUGACAAUUGGGAACUGCAUCCAUCCAUAAAGAGUGCUGCUAGGAACUUGGGUGUGCACCCGGGGAACAUUUCAAGAUGUGUGCUCGGAAAAGGUCACCACGCAGGUGGUUACGAAUUCAAAUUGACACCUUCUGCUGAGUCAAUGCCCGGAGACGCUGCCGGAGAGAAGUGGCGUGUAGUCGAUCUUGACGCAUUGAAACGUGACCGGGUGUGUGGCACAGUGAAGGAGAGGCAGCGCAGCUUGGAUGACAACGAGAUUUGGUAUGGCAUGAAGGAUGUGAUCAUCACGACCUACGAAACCUUGAUGAGCACUGAGGAUUUCUUCCAACGGCACUACUGGUCCGUGCUCGUGCUCGACGAGGCGCAUCGUAUCAAGAACCAAAGCAGCAAGGUUCGCGAGGUGCGCCUUGGCCGUGGAGUGAUGGACACUGUGCCGUGCGCGGCGCGGUUCCUGCUCACCGGAACGCCCUUGCAGAACAACCUGGGGGAACUCUUCGCCUUGUUGAAGUUCUUAUGGCCGGACGUCAUGGCCAAGGAGUCUGAGAUGUUCGAGAACGCCAUUCAACUGCCAGAACUUCAAGACAAGGCCAUGGAUGAGACAGCAAAGGCGAAGGUGGAUCACAUCUUGGUGCAAAAGAUCCGACACAUCUUGGGCAUGGUGAUGCUCCGUCGACGAAAGGAGGAGGUGAUUCGGCUGCCGCGCAAAAUCUUCCACGACGUGUGGCUGCCGUCCACCCCAUUGCAGGUCCCUCUUUGGAAGGGAUCUAUCGGGGCAUCUGGGCAUCGAUCGGAGUUAACAUGGGUUAACUGA